AACAAUUCACCACAAAACCCCUUUUGCUUUUCCUUUGUAUCAACGCCACCACAAAAGACCAGACCAGAGUUCGCAAACUGAGAGAAGAGGAGAGGAGAGAAGAAGAGGGUGGUCAAUACUCGAUUUCCCCUUUCCUCUCUCUUUCAAUUUUCCAUUCAAUUCAAUUCCCAUUUUGCUAGGGUUAGGGUUCACGCAGAGUCUCGUAUCUGUCACAACAAUGGCUGUUUCAACCACUUUUCCAGGUGCUAAAUUGGAGUCUCUAUUGCACAAUUGCUCUUCCUCUUCAAGGGCAUCACCUUCCACUGUCACCCAAUUAUCAUUUCCCGGCGGAAAACCGAGAAGGAAUCUCAUCCAUAAAGGGGUUGUUCGCUGCGAUGCUCAGGCUUCUGAUGUGGUGGUUAAGACCGAUGGUUCGAGUAAUGCAACCGCACUCUCUGCUCUUGAGCAGCUCAAGGCUUCUGCUGCUGAUAGGUACACAAAGGAAAGGAGCAGCAUUGUUGUCAUUGGGCUCAGUGUGCACACUGCACCUGUAGAAAUGCGUGAAAAACUUGCCAUUCCAGAAGCAGAAUGGCCUAGAGCUAUUGGAGAGCUGUGCAGUCUUAAUCAUAUUGAAGAAGCAGCUGUUCUUAGCACCUGCAAUCGAAUGGAGAUAUAUGUUGUUGCUCUUUCCCAACACCGCGGGGUCAAAGAGGUCAUGGAAUGGAUGUCUAAAACAAGUUCCGUCCCUGUUUCAGAGCUUUGCAAGCACCGAUUUUUACUUUACAACAAAGAUGCGACACAGCAUAUUUUUGAAGUAUCAGCAGGUCUUGACUCUCUUGUAUUGGGAGAAGGUCAAAUCCUUGCUCAGGUUAAGCAAGUUGUUAAAGUUGGACAAGGAGUUACUGGCUUUGGGAGAAACAUUAGUGGGCUAUUCAAGCAUGCAAUUACUGUCGGGAAAAGGGUUAGAGCUGAGACUAAUAUUGCUGCUGGGGCAGUUUCUGUAAGCUCAGCUGCUGUUGAAUUGGCCUUUAUGAAGCUACCUGGAACCUCCCAUGAUGCCAGAAUGUUGGUUAUUGGUGCUGGCAAGAUGGGAAAGUUAGUGAUCAAACACUUGGUGGCAAAAGGUUGCACAAAGAUGGUUGUCGUGAACAGAACUGAGGAGAGAGUUGCUGCAAUACGUGAAGAACUGAAGGAUGUUGAGAUAAUUUACAAACCCCUUUCAGAAAUGCUUACCUGUGUUGGUGAAGCAGAUGUAGUUUUCACGAGUACAGCAUCAGAAACCCCGUUAUUCAUGAAAGAUCACUUGAAGGACCUUCCUCCUGCAAGUCAAGAUGUUGGCGGCCAACGUAUUUUCAUUGAUAUCUCUGUUCCUCGGAAUGUGGAUUCAUGUGUCUCAGAUCUUGAUUCUGUGCGAGUUUACAAUGUUGAUGACCUUAAAGAGGUUGUUGCUGCCAAUAAAGAGGAUAGGCUAAGAAAAGCUAUGGAAGCACAGACAAUCAUUGCUGAAGAAUCUAAACAGUUCGAAGCCUGGAGGGACUCGCUGGAAACUGUUCCUACUAUCAAGAAAUUGAGGGCUUAUGCUGAAAGAAUCAGGGUUGCUGAGCUUGAUAAGUGCUUAGGUAAGAUGGGUGAGGAUAUCUCAAAGAAGAUGCGGAGAGCUGUGGAUGAUCUUAGUCGGGGUAUGGUGAAUAGGUUGCUUCAUGGUCCAAUGCAGCAUUUAAGGUGUGAUGGGAGUGACAGCCGGACUCUAAAUGAGACUCUUGAGAACAUGCAUGCUUUGAAUAGAAUGUUCAGCCUUGAGACUGAAAUAUCUGUUUUGGAGCAGAAGAUUCGAGCAAAGGUGGAGCAAAACCAGAAGUGAGAUAUGACUCCAAUUCCCGUUGACGUUACCCAUUUAUUUCCUCCAACUAGAAUAAGGGGAAACAUCCUCAACCUUUCAGGAAUUAAAAUCAUGUAAUUGUUGCAUAGUUGAAAAAAGUAGAAGUUUCCUUCGGGGAACUUCAAUUGAUUGUUGUCUCUGAUUCUGCUUGACCUAACUCGUUUGGGUUUUCGGGUCAUGUAUUGUUCUUCCAUAGCCAAUUAGCCAUCUGGCUUUGUAGUAUACUAAAAAUGAAGGUGUUUUGGUGAGGUUUGUAUUUACAACGAAUAAUUUUUUCCUAAAAUGUGUCCGCUAUAUCGGGAAUGUUAAUUGUAAGAAGUACUGAGUUUCUAUACUAAUGACUAUAUUAGAUUAUUAGUUUUCGGUA